AACAUUUACAAAAAAAUUACUCAAUUUAUUUUCUGUCAAAGUCACUCUUCUUACUAUAAAAAUUGACAGAUUUUUAUUUACUAUUCCAAAAUCGUAUUAUCGUAUCACUACUCUAAUUAGAUCAUCAAAAAUAUCAAUCACACCCGUAGGAAUUUUCCACAUUACAUAAAAAUUAUGCAUUUUCUUUCGAAAUUAUCACCCGUGUUACGAAUUAAUCAAGCUUUAAAUAGACUACCCUUGGGAGUGUUAACAUCUAAAUGCAGCUUUGAUAGAUAUUAUUCAACUGAUAAAGAGAGUAGAAUAACUCAAAGCCAAGAAAGAAGUGAUGUAUCUACCGAUGUGCGACCUGUUGGUGAAAAAAUCAAAGAGGCUACAAAAACUGCUUCUUAUACCGGCAUAAUUCUAGUAGGCGUUGGUGUGACGGGUGUUAUAUUUUACUAUGUAUUCAGAGAGCUAUUUUCAAGUAACAGUCCAAACAGUAUAUAUUCAGUGGCUCUCGAAAAGUGUAAAAAUGAUCCAGACGUAGAGGACGCACUGGGACCACCCAUAAUAGGUUAUGGAGAGGAAACUAGUAGAAGACGGAGGACCCAUGUUAGUCAUGCUGUAUAUGAAAAAGAUGGAGUGAAACAUAUGAGAAUGAGGUUUUAUAUCAAGGGAAUGAGAAAUAAAGGGGUUGUUGAAUUAGACAUGAAGCAGAAUGAAUAUGGUAACUAUCAGUGCAGAUAUCUACUUGUCCAACUCAAUGACUACAGUGGCAAAACAUUCAUCAUCGAAGAUAACCGGGCAACAUUAGACCAAAAUAAAACAGAUUUCAGCAACCAACUGCCAACAUUGACGCUCACACAAUAGAUUUUUUUCAAUUCAAAUGUAGAAUAAUGUACAUAGUUAAGAUAGUUAUGUAAAUUAAAUGAUGAUUUUAUUUA